AUGGAAAAAAGGGCAGUUAAAGAGGAGAUCCAAGCACUUGAUCUAAAUGACACAUGGACAUUUACAAAGCUUCUUCCAGAUAAAAGUUUUGUUGGGAGCAAAUGUGCGUUCAAUGUUGAGUACAAAGUAGAUUGGGGCAUUGAGAGGUUCAAGGCUCGGUUGGUGGCCAAAGGGAAAAUAUACAGGAUAAGGGUGCAUAAUGUAGGCAUAUCAACUAGCUUAAAUUUCCGAAUCCAGAAUCAUAACCUGCUCCUUGUGGAGACAGAAGGGUCUUACACUGUGCAACAAAAUUAUACAAACAUGGACAUACAUGUUGGUCAGUCAUAUUCAUUCUUGGUUACCAUGGAUCAAAAUGCAAGCAGUGACUACUAUAUUGUGUCAAGUGCUCGGUUUAUUAAUGAAAUGUUCAGGGAUCAAGUAACUGGAGUCGCCAUAUUGCACUACUCUAAUUCUCAAGGUCCUGCUUCUGGUCCACUUCCUGAUGGUCCCAACAAAGAUGAUACAUACUUCUCAAUGAAUCAAGCCAGAUCAAUCAGAUGGAACGUCUCUGCUGGUGCUGCUCGGCCAAAUCCACAGGGCUCAUUUCGCUAUGGUCAAAUUACCGUAACUGAUGUGUAUGUAUUGCUUAAUGUACCCGCAGAACGUAUAAAUGGGCAAUUACGAACUACUCUUAAUGGUAUUUCUUACCUUGAUCCUGCGACACCUUUGAAGCUUGCACAGCAGUUCAAUGUUCCAGGAGUUUAUAAGCUAGACUUUCCGAAUCGAAAUAUGAACAGACCUGCAAAACUUGACACAUCUACUAUUAAUGGUACUUAUAAAGGUUUUAUGGAAAUUAUAUUUCAGAACAAUGCUUCGACUGUUCAAAGCUACCAUCUGGACGGCUAUGCAUUCUUUGUUGUGGGGAUGGAUUUCGGAAUCUGGACAGAAAAUAGCAGGGGCACUUAUAACAAAUGGGAUGGAGUUGCUCGCUGCACUACACAGGUAUAA